AUGUCAAAUAGAGAAUGUCGUCGAGAAAAUAGUUACCCUUCUGAAUGGGAGCCGGGAGAUUUGGAGGAUAAACAGCUGUACGGUGGAGCUAUUGAAUGCCUUAUACCCAAGGGUUUUGCCGACUCCAGCACUGUACGGACUGUGCCUGAUUAUCAGGAAGUCUUUACCAAUGUGGUAGAUGAUUCUGGUGCUAGUCUUGUGAUCGAGUUGUUGAACUUCGCAGAGGAGCUUAAGGAGUCUGAUGAGGUUGCAAGGCACUUCUUCAGCGACCUAGCCGAAGCCACUGAUAGUGUAUCGUAUGACAUCGACGAGAUUAGCUGUCGGAAGGCAGCGAAUGGAGACUCCCUGGUUAUGGUGAAUGGGCGUCAUAUACACGACAAGGAAGGCCUCAAAUGGACACCAUUGGCGAUGGGAAUAAGGCGCAUGCCACAAUAUUCUUCCGAUAUGGUAGUAACGUUGACCCAUGGCUCACAAUCGGCCGGCGGGUUCGAGACCAGUUCCGUGCUGGAGAAGAAUCUGUGGCUCAUUCUUGAGUCGAUAGAAGUUAAAGACGACUCACUGUUUCUCUGACACAACCAGCAAGGGAGUUUCUCCGCUUCUUCCCCGGCGUGACCAGUUGCCUUGUAUUAUCUCUUCUCGCAGUAUGAUGAAGUAGCAAGCCUUAUCCUGUGCUCAUUGCGUCCUAUA